UUGGCCAUUUCACACAAUGGCUGCAGGAUGGUCCAUAGAGGAAAUAACAAAGUUUUAUGGUUCAUAUGCAAAGUCAUACGAUGAGGAUAUCGAGAAAGAGACCUAUCCUGCCCCAUUUAUAAUAGCUAACUGGGUGUUGGAGCAUUUUUCAAAUAUGGUCCCAGACCAAGAUUACCUCGCGUUUCUAGAUCUCGGGUGUGGGACUGGACAGAGCUCAAAGCUGUUCUUCACUCAGCCGCUGUCACAACGAAUUGAUGUCUAUGGAGUGGACGCGACUCCAGAGAUGUUGGACAAGGCGAAACAGUUUCCAUUCCGAGAGCUUCUCUGUCAAGAUAUAGAGGCAGACAUACCCUUUGCUCGGGUUUUUGAUGCCAUCAUUUGCGUCGGGGUUCUAGAUUUUGUCAAGAACCCUCAGAACCUAUUCACGUCCGUAGCAAGAUCGCUCAAACAGAAUGGUCAGGGGUGUUUCGCGGUUACUUUGCCAGAAUCCGGCGGACUGAACACCUUCGCGGAGGCGGAUAUACUCAAACUGGUCAACGAAGCUGGAUUCAAGAUCAAAAAGAACGAUAGAUUUUUUGGAUACGAGGACUCGGAGACCAAGGUCACCGUCCAUUACCAUGGUUUAUUAUUGACCCUUUGAUGGGCUCUGAAACUAGACGUGCCUGCGCCGAAAUUCAGAAUAAAUUAAGUGCUGAGGAAUAGAUAAUCAUCCAUCUCAAUCUGGAUUCUGAGCAACCGCUAAUGCAUAAUCGUGCAUUGCACCGGAUAUGUUGGCUUGAUGACCACGGCUAAAAUGGAAACAGAGAUUUGAUUAGCGUGCCGCU